AUGGAGAAAAAAAGAUGGUUAUGGAAGCGGAAAUCUUCUGAGAAGAGCCCUGGUGAAACUGAAAGUUCAGAGUCUGCAUCGUCUCAUUCUGAGAGGCACUCUGAUGAACAGCAUGAGGCAUUGAAUGAAUCUCCUAUUGGACACAAUCAGUUACCUGAUCUCACCUCGAAAGCUGUGGCAAUUGCUGAAGAUGUUAACGAUAUGUCAUUUAUCAAUGCACAAUCACCCGAAGAUGGAGAUGUAACUGAUGGAUUGAGGAAUAUGUCAGAAAAGCUAUCUGCAGCGCUUGUGAAUGUCAGUGCCAAAGAAGACUUGGUUAAGCAACAUGCCAAAGUCGCUGAAGAAGCCAUUGCAGGCUGGGAAAAGGCUGAAAAUGAAGUGGCACGUUUAAAGAAGCAACUUGAGGCACUGUCUCUCAGAAAUUCAGCACUGGAAGAUCGAGUGACCCAUCUAGACGGUGCACUUAAGGAGUGUGUUAAGCAGCUAAGACAAACCAGAGAAGAGCAAGAGCUAAAUAUUCAUGAUGUUGUGCUAAAGAAAACGCACGAGUUGGAAUCAGCCAAAAUUAAACUUGAGAAUCAGCUCAUUGAACUCCAGAGCAAAUUAGAUGCUUCUAAUAAUAGAUCUCCUUUAUCAAUUGAUUUUGAUAUUUACCAUAAGGUCCAAUAUUUGGAGAAAGAGAACAUGGUUCUCAAGCAUGAGCUCCAAGCUCAAUCAGAAGAGUUGGAAAUCAGGACAAUAGAGAGAGAUUUAAGCACCCAAGCAGCUGAGACGGCCAGUAAGCAACAUUUGAAAAGCAUCAACAAAGUAGCCAAGCUUGAGGCUGAGUGCAGGAGAUUGAAAAGCAUGGCUUGUAGAGCUUCCUUACUUAAUGAUAAUAAAUCCAUUACAUCGUCCUCAUUUUGUGUUGAAUCUCUCACUGAUAGUCAAUCAGACAGUGGAGAGAAGCUUACUGCAGUGGAUAUUGAUAGCCGCAGGAAGAGUGACUCAGAACCAGACAAGUGUGAACCAAGUUGUUCUGACUCAUGGGCAUCUGCACUAAUUGCUGAGCUUGAUCAUUCUGUUAAAAUUGAUCUCAUGGAUGAUUUUCUUGAAAUGGAACGACUUGCUGCAUUGCCCGAGACUAAAAAUGGAAGCUUUAUCCAUGACUCAAGUUUUGUCAACGAAUGCAUUAGUGCAGACAGAACCCUCAGAGAUGACUUUGACAUUAUGAAUCAGCAAAUGGACGAAUUAAAAGAGAAGUUAGAUAAGGCUAAAUCAGAGAAAGCUGAACUGGAGAUAGCUUUGAUGAAAAGUGAGAAGUGCAUUGAGGCAUCACAACUUCAAAUGAAGGAGGCAGAAACGAAAUUGGAGGAGUUGCAAAGAGAGGUAGAAAAGGCCUACAAAUCAAAGCAAAUGUUAGAAAAUGAACUAAUGAGCAUGGAGGCCGAGGCUCAAUCAAUAACCGCAAAAGUUCACUUAUUAGAAGCAGAGGUUGAUAAGGAAAGGGCUAUGACAGUUGAAAUUGCAUUCAAGUGUAAGAAAUUGGAGGAAGAGCUAGGAAGCAAGAAGCAGGAAGAGAAACUCGGGUCAAUAGCUAGCUCAUACAAUGACAUGAAGAUAAAGCAGGAGGACCUAGCACUAGCUGCAGGAAAGCUUGUUGAGUGCCAGAAAACAGUAGUAUCUUUGGGGAAUCAAUUAAGUUCCCUAGCAACACUAGAAGAUUUUCUGAUUGACACUGUGAGCAUUCCAGAGUUCUGUGCAAGUCCAUCACUCAUUGCUAGAGUAGGUGGAGAGAUGUGGAAGUUGCAUUCAACUGACACAUUUUCACCUAAAAGUGAUUCCAGUUCUUCAAGGUCGGCUGAUGGGAGCUCUGUUCCACCCUUAAACAAAAACGAAAAAAGCUCACCACCUUCAUCAAUCAAUUUGCCAAAUCAUGUCAGUUCUGACAAGAGUGAAAAGGGCUUUGCAAAAUUUCUCUCUCAAACUGAGAGUGGGAUCCCGCUAGAAAUUUAG